CACUAACGCGCGGUCGCCGGGACUUACGCAGCCCGGGGGCGGCAGGCUGCACGGCUCUUGUGCGGUAGCUGUGGCGCGGCCGUCGUGGGCAGCCGAGCACCCUGGUCCCGGGCGGUCUCAGCGCGAGGGUGCAGCGGGGUGAGCGCACCCCCCUGCGAGCGCGUGUGCAGCGCAGCCUGUGGAUCGGUGGAGCUAGGUGUCGGCUCAGGCUCAGCGCAGGGAUGUACAUGCAGGUGGAGGCUCGCACCAGCUCCCGCCUCCAUCUGCAGAGGGCUCCAGGCAUCCGGUCGUGGUCCCUGCUGGUCGGAAUCGUGUCCAUUGGCCUGGCUGCCGCCUACUACAGCGGAGAUAGCCUGGGCUGGAAGCUCUUCUACCUCACAGGCUGCCUGUUCGUGGCCGUGCAGAACCUGGAGGACUGGGAGGAAGCCAUCUUUGACAAGAGCACCGGAGAGGUCGUCCUGAAGACAUUCAGCCUCUACAGGAAGCUGCUGACUCUCUUCAGAGCCGGUCAUGACCAAGUGGUGGCCCAGCUGUGUGACCUGCGAGACGUGAACGUGGAGCAGGAGACAGUGCGGUACUUCGGGAAGGGCUACAUGGUGGUGCUCCGCUUCGCCACAGGCUUCUCCCACCCGCUCACCCAGAGUGCAGUCAUAGGCCACCGUGGAUGUGGCCCCUUCCUGGUUGGACAGCCUCAGCAGUCAGAGCUUCAUGAGGGGCCUGGGGCCCAGCCGACACGUCCUGCCCAGAGGCCGCCUCCUGAGGUGGGUUUGGCGGCAGAUGUUCUCCAGCGCCUCCUGGGUUUGUCUGAACUGCAGCGAGGCUCCCCCACUUGUGCCUCCCCCCCCCCCCCCCGGCAGGCCCACUUGGGGAGAGGAGAGGUCAAUACUAUGGGGUGCAAGACACUGGAGCUGAGUUCCAGCCUCAGCCCUGGGGAACCUAACAGGGCAGCUGGGCUCUGCUGUUUGAGCUGCUGCCUGCCCCAAGCCUGCAUGUCUUACUCUGAGCGUGCCCAGCCUGGCCUCUGGUCAGCCACCAUGAGGCUGUGGGAGAAGGAGGCCCAUGGCAGUGUCACCCAGAUGUGAGGCUCCUCGGGGCUGUCACUCCUGGGCCUGGCACCUGCUUGGUCAGGCUCCUUUGCAGUGGCUGCCAGCCUCCCCAGGCUGGGUAUGUGGCCACUCAGACCUGCCAGGGCCAGGUGUCUCAGUGUGGCAGUCAGAACCUCCCCAAGAGGAAAUACGUGAGACACGGUCCUUGGUGGGGGCUUCCCCGCUGGAGCGGAGUCCACUAUAACAGGGUGACAGCAGACUUCAGGUUUACUGGGGUGGCUUCCUGCUUCUGCACCCCUUUUUAUUCCCAAAGGGCUACCAAUAAAGUUCCAUGUGCAACCAUA